AUGGAUAUCAUGGAGCUCGUUCAUGAAGACCGCUCGGCUGCUUCGCGACCUUUCGGCUGCAGCGCUCCUGGUUGUCCCAAGGCGUUCGCUCGUCGCAGUGAUUUGGUACGACACAUGCGCAUCCACUCGAACGAAAGGUGAGAUCCUCUUCCUUUUGCAUCGUACCACAGUGCCAAUGUUUCACUCGCACUCGCAAGAGCUGACUCUGGCGCGGGUGAGCAGACCCUGGAUCUGCGACUGGCCCGGCUGCUCGCGCGAUUUCAUCCAGCGCAGCGCCCUUACCGUUCACUACCGCGUCCAGUCAGUCGUCCUUCUCGCCACUCUACCUACAUCCAAGUUUAAUCGCGUCUGAUCUCCCACCGUUUCCCUCCAUUCCCCUCCAUUCCCCUCCAUCCCUCUCAUAGCACUGGAGAACGCCCGCAUUGUUGCGAGUACGUCGGCUGCGACAAGGCGUUUAGUGAUUCGAGUUCGUUAGCUCGCCACCGCCGAGUGAGUCGCGCCGGUCUUCUGUCGCUGCCUAUACGGCCGAAAACAUUGCUAACACGCCACACUGACUCUGUUGCAGAUCCACACCGGAAAGAGACCCUACAAGUGCCCUGAACCCAUAUGUGGCAAGACGUGAGUGACCUCGCUGCGUCGGUCUCGUUCAUCCUAUCCUACGUGCCCCCUGCCGCCGUCCAGCUCCCGCAGGUCCUGCUCGUCAGGAGACCCCCCCCAUCUCGGAUUGCCGAGCCCGGGUCCGAAUCGUGGUGGCGUCUCGAGGGGCUGUGCGCGCGCGGUGCAGGCCUCGCGUGACGCCACGGUCCCCUCCCGAGUGCUCGUGCACGAUCCCGGGACGGCGCCUAGAAGGUGGGGGGGGGGGGGGGGGGGGCGCUUGCGAACAACACAACAUGGCAAGGUCCCCUGUCGCUUGGCCUUCUUGCAUUUCCGCUAGCGCCACUUUGACGCAUCCGCGCGUCUUCUCAGGAGUACUGACCACCACGUGCGCGAUCACAUUUCAAAACAGUUUCUGCCGCAAGACGACCCUCACCAAACACAUCAAGCGCAACCACCCCGACUCCCCGGCGUUUUCGCACGGCAGCUACCACACCGCGGGAGGUGCGCUACCCCGCCCCUCUGCGGGCGCUAGUCGCCGGGUAUAUUCGACACGUCGUCACCCGCAGCACUACGAUGAUGGAGACUACUCUGGUGGAUCUUCGGCAUCGGUGACACCCCACUCGGUCUAUGACGACGGCUACGGCGACGACCAAGACUACGACGACGAUGCAUCAGAGACAGGGGACGCCCCCGGGUAUUACCCUUUGCCCCUCCCUCCGCUUCCGGAUCUUCCCGCCGACGACGAUGAGGGUAACGCUCAUCUCGAAUGGGCCGCUCCCGCACAUUCGAACCUGUCGAUGCUGUCGAACAACACCGGUGCGCUUGGGCCGAAUGCGAUUCGGCAACACCUCGAGCGACAGGAUCGCAAGCAGCGUCAAAAGUACCCGACCAAGCAUCCUCGAGGGGUAUAUGCGACUCCUCCCCCUCAACACCCUCGGCAUAUGCGGGACCAGUCUUACGAGCCCGUCGAGGAGGCUUGCAUGUACAGCUACGAUCAGGCGGCGCAGCAGCUCAACCAGCAAAGCCAAGGCCGCCAUGUCCCGCCGCAACAAGCACUACCGCCCCAGCACUCGCACCAACCGUUCGACGAAGGUACAAAUCGUCAAGGAUACAACAGCUACCCCAUGACGCCGGCGCCAUCGGUUUACUCUACCUCGUCAUCGUCGUCACAGAUGAACUAUCCGCAGUCGCACCCCCUUGAGGCCUCCUGGUCCGCUCCGCUCCCGUCGGCCGAGUUCAGCCCCUAUGGGAGCCAGCUAAGCGGAUACUACCAUGCCUCACCGUCUGCUGCGCAUACCCCGUCGCCGUUCAAGUCACAUCGACGUCGUGCCUCAUCUGUCUCCGCCAUCGACAACCUCUACCCGCUCGCCUCGGUGCAGACCCCGCACAGCUCCUCCUCGGGCCAAUGUAGCGCAGGGCUCGUCUUUGGCCUACCAAACGACUCAAACGACUUUUCCCUAGGGUCAGAUUCCCAACCCUCCCCGUUCCGUCGGUACAACGAGUUCUCCCCCGCUGGCGCAAGCACUUCCGGAGCUGGGGCCAUCGGCGCGGCGCCUUCGCAUCAUUCGGACUCGGAAGCACAGUUCUCGGGCGGCUCGCCCAUUCCCGAAUAUGCGACCCAUUAUUCGUCGCAGAUUCAGCACGCCCACCAAAUGCCCCCGCAAUUUCCUCGGCGCGGGUCGCUCGGGAUGGGCUUUGGUGGUUUCUCUUCUUACGUCGCCCACCAUGAUGAUUCGUCGACCUCGGCUCUCCCCGAGGCAUCCUACGUCUAG